UGGAGGAGAAGCUGGUGGACGGGAAGCAGGAACCAAAAGAGGGAGUAAGAAGUAUAAUGAGACCACUGAUGUUCCGCUCAUCGCUCGGCUGUUUGGUGACAGUUUUCGGCUCUUUUUCCGCUUCUAGUCACAAAGUUAUUACACAAGCAGCAGCUGUUUCUCACCUGUGUUAUUUGAGAAAAACGAUGCACUAUCAAACGGAGCAGAGAGGACACCUGAAUUCUCCCGACUAUCGUCUUUAUUUUAAAACCUCAGAUGGGAAAUACAUUUCACCAUUCCAUGAUAUUCCACUAAUGGCGGAGACCGAACAGGAAAAUGAUGUACCUGCUAAAAAACCCAAGAAGAAUGAGAGUGAGGUGCUUUAUAACAUGGUGGUGGAGGUACCGAGAUGGUCAAAUGCUAAAAUGGAGAUUGCAACAAAGGAACCACUGAAUCCGAUCAAACAGGAUGAAAAGAAAGGAAAGCCCCGAUAUGUUGCCAACAUAUUUCCCCAUAAAGGUUACAUCUGGAAUUAUGGGGCACUUCCACAGACGUGGGAAGACCCAGGCCAGAAAGACAAAGAAACUAACUGCUGUGGUGACAACGACCCCAUUGAUGUUUGUGACAUAGGCACCCAGGUGUGCUCUACUGGUCAGGUGAUCCAAGUAAAAGUGUUAGGCAUCUUGGCCAUGAUUGAUGAAGGUGAAAUGGACUGGAAGGUCAUUGCUAUCAAUGCUAAAGACCCCGAUGCCAAAAAUCUUAAUAGUAUAGAGGACGUCCGUAUGAACCGACCGGGUCAUUUAGAGGCCACUGUUGAAUGGUUUAGGAAAUAUAAGGUGCCGGAUGGAAAGCCUGAAAACAAAUUUGGAUUCAAUGGGGAAUUCAAAGACAAGGACUUUGCAGUUGAGAUCAUUAAGUCCACCCAUGAGCACUGGAGGGCACUAGUGCAGAAGCAAACAAAUACUGGAGGAAUUGACUGCAAAAACAUGUCGUGCUGUGAUAGCCCUUUCAGAUGCACCACUGAUGAGGCCAGAGAAGUAGUGCAGUCGGCCCCUGCAUUUGGCAGUGCACAUCCUGUGUCUCCAGAGGUGGACAAGUGGCAUUUUGUCUGAAGCCCCCAAAACAGCAUGGAUACUUAUAAAAUGUCUUAAUACCUAAUGACGCAUUAUUCUUCUGCAUUGUUUUGUAUGGAGUCAUUUUAAAGAUAGCCAUCUGGUCUCCAUUAUUUGUUGAAUAUAAGAACACCAAGUGAAGAAGUGUACUGUUGUGAUAGCGAGUGAAGAACUGGAACUGAGGUCUGAUUUGUGAUGUCACAUUUCACACCUAAUUGGGUUUUUUUUUUUUUUUUGGCUAGUUGUGUCAAUUAUCAUUCAUGAUGGUAGAAAAAAAAUCAUUUUUAUUAAAUUGUAAAUCAUGCUGUAUAUGUAUUGCAGUAUUUUUGUGGCCAUGUCCAGUUUCUGUAUAUAAUCCUCUAAUUUUCCUGUACAAUUGUAAUUGGUUUGUUGUUGCAGAUACAAAUA